UAGAUGCAAAAUGGCGGCCACGGGAGAGGAGGCUGCUGAGAUGGACUGCAUCUCAAGAGUUUCCUUGGCCCAUCCCACCGUCCUCAGCCUGGGAGGGAGCUCAGACCCCCGGGGAGAGCCUUCCUCUGAGGGCCAGGAGGUUGUGACUGCGGCGCCCAAGAAGCCCAUCAACAGCAGUGACGGUGGGGUGGAGACUGCAGAGGAGGCCGUAGAGCCAGCAGAGCCAGACAUCAAUGAACUCUGUACAGACAUGUUCGAUAAGAUGGCUGUCUUCCUACACGGAGAACUCACUGGUCUGAAUAUCUGCACUUGUGAGGACUACCAUCUACUGGAGAACAUGAACAAGCUGACAAGUCUGAAGUACAUGGAGAUGAAAGACAUCAGCAUCAACAUCAGCAGGAACCUGCAGGACCUCAACCAUAAGUACGCCAGCCUGCAGCCCUACUUAGACCAGAUAAAUCAAAUAGAGGAACAAGUGUCUUCUCUGGAGCAGGCUGCUUACAAACUGGACACCUACUCAAAGAAGCUGGAGGCCAAGUUCAAAAAACUGGAGAAGCGAUGAGGAUUAUGGAAGGAGGAAGAGGGGUUACUGGUCCUCCUUCACCCAAGCUGUAGACCAAACCUAACAUAUACGAUCUGAGGAAGCAGACCCACACCUCUACAUUAGCCUGAUAUAGAGGAAUGGGGCAGCCUGGGGUUGGUCGGAGGAAUAUCCCAGAUGUUACACCUAGCAUUAUCAUUUUGGUUGGAUCAUUUAAGUUGCAUCUUAAUACCAGGUGUAGAUGGCGCUUUGGGUAGUUUGUGUCCAUAUUCCUGUUAACAUUCCAGGUCACUCUGUCAGUCCUGUCAAAAUUGCUAUUCACUUCCUGGAUUUACCCGAGUUUAUCCUGAAUUGUCCCCUGCUGGGUGCACACUACUGUAGAAUCACCACCCUCCUAACCUAGAAGUUAGUUACACAGAUGACAACCAAAUUCACUUUGACUGAAGGACAUUAGCUUUUUUAAAUGUUUUCCUGUGCUGCUGGCAUCACCGAAUUACUGAAUUAACAUGACAAAAUUACCUUUAUGUUUUGUGUGAAUACUACUGUCUCUGAAGAUCGUCAUACAUGUGAUUGUAGCUUGUGUAAAAUGUAUCAUUUAAAAACAUUAACUUUGAACUGAAAAUACAUUUAUCAAAGAAACUGAUGUCAUUUCACCAGCAGAUGGCAGCGGUACUCCAUGUUCA